CCAACCCCCACCCCCAACCCCACACCCGCCUAUUUCUUUUCUCUUCUGUCUUGUUUUCAAAGCCAACUAACAUUAACAUAACAUAACCUCUCUUCUCCCUCUCCCUUACUGACCAAAAACCUCUCUCUAGAAUUUAGCAACUUGCCGGCGAGAGGGAAAUCUCGCCGGAAAUUUCGUACUGACGUCUCCGGAAUCUUCGUAGCUGCCGAUUUCCAGCUCUGUAUCGCUGGCUACGAAUGAUGCUGCUUCAAAAGAGAGAAUAAAAGUGAAUUCUGCUAAUUUUGAUUUUCUCUCUCUUUUUCUCUUGUUUUUUCUUUUUUAAUAAUUAUGAUUAGAUAAAACUUAGAAGAAAACAAAAAGGGAAAUAUUCUCUUUCUUGUGUGGUGAGCAAUAUAGCUUGCAAUGCAGGGGAAAAAGAGGUUCUCUUAGGGCACAUAUCGGAGAUCCAUUGCUCUCUCUUCUUUUUCCUUCCAUUUUUAUCUCCUUCUUCUUGAUCCCUACUGCUUAAUUGACCUUCUUCUUUCUUAUUUUGUACUUCUGUCUUUCUGCACCUUCCUAAUCGCGUAGUUUUGCUCAAUUUCGGAGAGAGACAGAUUAGUGAUGAUGGAGAUGUAUAAUUUUUUUCAAGAUGAAGGGCAAUGAACGUUGGACAGAGCCUGCAAAUUUGAUACAGCAUCUCCAUUGAAGUUAUUGAAAUUUUUGGGCGUUUAAAUCACGCUAUGCAUUUUGAAAUUAUGGAUGAAAGGGGUGGAAAUGCCUCGUCUCACUUUUUCGAGGACUUCCAGACUCCUGCUGAGAGACAAAUUGGGUUUUGGAAGCCGCAUUCGAUGCCUGAUCACCAAAUAGGAACAGGUGGAAUGGUACCGAUUUCUAACAGCAAGUUGGUUGCUUCAUCACCUUUCGAAAAACUUUCUCCUGGUGGGCCACUGUCUGUGGAUUGUGUGCAGCUGCCACAGUCAAUUCUAGCUAUGGAUCAAAAGGAAAAGCUAUCUAUUGGGGAAGGAAGUGCCUGCAUGUUGAAGAAUUCAUGGAAUUCUGUGGAUCAUCAUACAAAGUCAUGGUCAAGUUUGUCUGUGCAGCCUCCAUCUUAUAGUUUGGGUGGAAAUAGGAUGGGUAUUAGUGCAACUCGUUGGGAAAGCAGCCUGUUCUCAAGUUCAUUGUCUGAAGUAUUUAGUGGAAAGUUGACAUUAUCGGAGAAUGAUGUGCAAUCUCAUCAUUCUGCCAAACCUGUUGCUUCACCACACAAGGAAGACCAGCCUUUUGAAUCUCUUGAAGAACUCGAGGCUCAGACUAUUGGAAAUCUCCUUCCUGCUGAAGAUGAUCUAUUUUCUGGAGUGCCUGAUGAAUUGGGGCAUAAUGCUCAUGCAAAUAAUGGGGAUGAUCUGGAAGACUUUGACCUGUUUAUCACUGGAGGAGGCAUGGAAUUAGAAGGGGAUGACCGUUUCAGCACGGGACAAAGAAACUCUGAUUAUGUUGGGGGAGUUAACAAUGGUCAAGGAGGUUCUAAUGGUUCAGUUGUUGGUGAGCAUCCUUAUGGUGAACACCCUUCUAGAACACUUUUUGUCAGAAACAUCAAUAGCAAUGUUGAAGAUUCUGAGCUGAAGGCUCUUUUUGAGCAAUAUGGAGAUAUCCGAACACUGUAUACAGCCUGUAAGCAUCGUGGUUUUGUUAUGAUUUCUUACUAUGACAUAAGGGCAGCUCGAAAUGCAAUGAGAUCUCUUCAGAAUAAGCCAUUGCGGCGUAGGAAACUUGACAUACAUUACUCAAUCCCAAAGGACAAUCCAUCUGAGAAAGAUAUUAAUCAGGGCACUCUAGUGAUCUUCAAUCUUGAUUCUUCUGUUUCAACUGAGGAGCUAUACAAGAUAUUUGGAGUUUAUGGAGAAAUUAAAGAAAUCCGUGAGACUCCACACAAACGCCAUCACAAAUUCAUAGAAUAUUAUGAUAUUAGAGCUGCAGAAGCAGCCCUUUCUGCCUUAAACAGGAGCGACAUUGGUGGGAAGCAGAUCAAGCUUGAGCCAAGCCGACCUGGGGGCACAAGACGUUUGGUGCCAAAGCCUGAGCAGGAGCAAGAUGAAACCAAUCUUUGUCAAAUCUCUUUUGAUGACUUACCAUCUGGACAAUUGGCAUCAUUUUCUCCUGGAGUAAUUGCAUCUAGCUGCGUGGAUAAUGGAUCGACCCAAGUUUUUCCUUCUGCUAUACAGUCGCCUGUGGGUUCAUUUGUUGAAUCUCAUCGCAGUUCUAGUGUUCCAAAUAACUUGCCCUCUCCAGUGACAAUAGCCUCUGUUGGCAAACAAUUUGGUCUUCCUGAACUUAAGCACUCUGUGGAUGAAAUGAUGUUUGGCAACUCAUGCAUUCCAAGUUUCCACCCUCAUUCAUUGCCAGAGCAUCAUGACAGUUUGGCCAAUGGUAUUCCAUAUAACUCCCCAAGCUCUAUUGGAGGCAUGGCUCGGAGUGUUGGUUCCAAAGUCACAGAAGGAAUCAAUGGCAGGCACAUUCAAGGAAUAGGCUCAAAUGGGCACCUGUUGGAACUUAAUGGAGGGGGUUUUGGAUCUUCUGGAAAUGGGAGUUGCACUCUUCCUGGACAUCAUUAUAUGUGGAACAAUUCCAACUCAGGUCAACAACAUCAUUCGAACCGUAUGAUUUGGCCAAAUUCACCAUCAUUUCCCAGCGGUGUUCAUGCUCAUCACCUUCCACAUAUGGCUGGAUUCCAUAGAGCACCUCCAGUUAUGCUCAACACAGUACCCGCACAUCAUCACAUUGGAUCUGCGCCAGCUGUCAAUCCCUCGUUGUGGGAAAGGCGACAAACUUAUUCUGGGGAAUCUCCCGAAGCUUCUAGUUUCCAUAUUGGUUCUCUUGGGAGUGUGGGUUUUCCUGGUAGCUCUCCCCCACAUCCUAUGGAAAUUGCUUCUCAUAACAUAUUCUCUCAUGUCAGUGGAAAUUGUAUGGAUGUAACUAAAAAUGGUGGAUUACGCACUGCUCAGCCGAUGUGCCACAUUUUCUCAGGGAGGAAUCCGAUGAUCUCAAUGCCGGCCUCUUUUGAUUCUCCUAAUGAACGUGUGAGAAAUCUCUCACACCGUCGAAUUGAAUCAACAUCUAAUAAUUCAGAUAAGAAACAAUAUGAACUUGAUAUUGACCGGAUUUUACAUGGUGAAGACAAUCGAACCACAUUGAUGAUAAAGAACAUUCCAAACAAGUAUACUUCUAAGAUGUUACUGGCUGCAAUAGAUGAGCACUGUCGAGGAACUUAUGACUUCAUUUACUUGCCCAUUGAUUUCAAGAACAAAUGCAAUGUGGGCUAUGCAUUCAUCAACAUGAUUGAUCCUCAACAGAUUAUUCCAUUCCACAAGGCAUUUAAUGGGAAAAAAUGGGAGAAGUUCAACAGUGAAAAGGUGGCUUCUCUUGCAUAUGCUCGAAUUCAGGGAAAAGCUGCUCUUAUUGCUCAUUUCCAGAACUCUAGUUUGAUGAAUGAGGAUAAGCGCUGCCGCCCUAUACUCUUCCAUACUGAUGGUCCAAAUGCUGGUGAUCCGGAACCAUUCCCUAUGGGUACCAAUAUCCGAUCAAGAUUGGGCAAACCUCGAACAAGUGGCACUGAGGAGAACCACCACCAGGGGAACCCUUCUACUUCAGCAAAUGGAGAGGAUUACAAUGGAACAGACUCAUCAUCAGGUUCCGAUUGAGCUGUAUGUAUCCUCCAAGACGCUAACUCUAAAAUCUUGUAUAAGACUACAGAAGAACCAUAUCCACCCCAAUUCUGUAAAUUAGGGGUGGGCUGACAACUCUCUUUUUGGCUAUAGAGAAGCUCUUUUACAAAGUUCUGGAUGCCAAAGUGCACAUUCAGAGCCAAGUGGGCUACAUCAAAAGUUUCUGUUACAAAAAUUUUCCUAUCUAGGCCAAAUAUGAGUAUAGAGAAUGGCUUAACAAAGGCUUAAAAUUUUGGGUAGUCAUUGACUAAACAAUAUUGCGAUGUACAGAAAGUUCCCCUAGUUGUAAACAGGCUUAAGAGGGAUCUUCUGUGUCAUCGUCUUCAGUUUUGUAUCUCUGUGUCUCUGUAAUUUCAAUUUUCCCCGAGGUGUUCUGUGUCUUUGGUUCGGUUUUUGUUUAUGGCCAGGUGUGAUUGCUCAAGUUCAAGGAGGGUCACAACACAUCAAUGUAUGUACCCUGGUUGUGGAAAUUUUUGAACUACUCUUCUCUAUUAUAACCAUGAUGAUACUAUUUAACAUUUUAUCAA